AUGGGCGAUAAAAAAUUCAUAGCAAUGUUGCAACUUGCUAAUAACACAGGUGCAUUAAUGAGUUGUUCUAUUAAUGCUCUUGAGGGUGAAAGAAAACAAGAAAGAUUACCAAACGGAUUAGUGAUUGGGCAUGUGUAUGGAAUUACAGGAAUGGCAAAUAUAAAACCAAGUAUUUUUAAAAGAAAUAAAGAAAUUGUUCUUAUAAAAUUACAUAACCCAUGGGGUGAAGUUGAAUGGAAUGGUAGAUGGUCUGAUAAUUCAUCAGAGUGGCAAAAAAUUAGUAUUUCAAAAAGAAAUAAAUUAGGUUUUAAAAUAGCAGAAGAUGGCGAUUUUUGGAUGUCAUUUGAAGAUUUUACAAAAAAUUUUUCUACAUUAGUAAUUUGUCGUCAUCUCAAUACAUCAUGGUUUACAUUAGGGAAACGUUGGUAUGGUACAAUAUUGCAUGGUAGAUGGUCAAUUAAGAAUAAAACAGCUGGUGGAUGUAUAAAUAACAUAAAUACUUUUUAUGAAAAUCCACAGUAUUCUAUAUUAGUUCACAAACCAACUACUUUAGUAGUUGCUCUGAUGCAAAAAGACAAUGACAAAAAGGUUACAAUAGGUUUUAUUUGUCUUAAAAUUGAAGAGAAUCGUAAAUAUCGAAUUCAUAAGUCAACAUAUGAAACUGUAGGCUCUGUAACUUACAAAAAUGUGCGUGAAGUUACAACAAGGAUGACACUUAAUAGUGGACAUUAUGUUUUAAUACCAUCAACUUUUAAUAAUGGAAAAGAGGCAUCCUAUUUUCUAAGAAUAUUCUCUACAAGACCAAUAAAAAUUAGACAAUUAAUUAAAGAUGUACCUCCCAAAAAAUGGUAUGAUCCUAUUAUAUAUUUUGGGAAAUCAUAUUAUGUUGGAAUGGUGAGAAUACAAAUCAUUAAAGGAGAUUUUAAGAGGGAAGUUAAUAAAGAAAAACAACAAGCAAUUGAAUCAGGACAGUUCUCACCAAAACAUAAAAAAUCUAAAGUGAUUAAGUUAAAAGAAAAUAUUUCAGAAUGA